AUGAAGGCUGUGGAUAAAUUCACCUCGGAUCUCCGAAAUGACGUGACCUGGAACCGGGCUGCCCGUCUGGGAGUCUCUGGUGCCAAGGCGCUGCCGUCCGCCUCGGUACACUACGUCUCUGACAAAUUUCCCAUCAUCGGAUGGCUCCCGAAAUAUAAGUUCAGGUGGAUCCUGAACGACGUGAUUGCGGGCUUGACCAUUGGUCUCAUGCUCAUUCCACAGGGUCUUUCAUAUGCCAAGAUUGCAGAAAUUCCUGUCGAGUAUGGGCUCAUGUCCAGUUGGUUGCCUGCUGCUAUCUAUGCCUUCAUGGGAACGACCAAGGAUGUAUCGACCGGCCCGACGUCGCUUAUCGGCCUCCUCACAUCCGAGAACGUACAUGCACUUCAAGACCGAUGGACUCCUUCAGAGAUUGCUUCAGCAACAGCUUUCAUGAUGGGAGUCUACGGCAUGGCACUUGGGUUCCUCAAGCUCGGUUUCCUGCUGGAAUUCAUCUCCCUACCGGUCCUCAGCGGUUUCAUUACUGCCAUUGCCAUCACGAUCAUCUUGAACCAGAUGGACAAUCUCCUUGGAGAAAAUAAUGUUGGCGACGGGACGGCGACACAGAUUCAUGACAUUUUCAACGAACUCCCAAAUGCCAACGGUUGGGCAUGUCUGAUAGGUUUCACUGGGAUCCUUUUCUUGACAAUCCUCGACAAGUCUGGCAAGAGAUGGGGAAAGGACAACAAUGUCAUCUGGCUCUUGUCAAUCACCAGGGCCUUCUUGACCCUCGUCCUCUUCACUGGAGUCAGUUACGCCGUCAACAAGAACCGAGAGGAAUACCUCUUUGAGGUUGUUGAAGUCAAAUCAGAGGGCCAAGAAGCCCCAAGUAUGCCCAAGACCGAUCUCAUCCCCGAAGUUGCCGGCCGCAGUAUCGCAGUCUUCAUAGGUGCGGCGGUAGAGCACACAGCCAUUUGUCGCGCCUUUGCUGUCAAAAACGACUACACUACGGACCAGAGCCAAGAACUCUGUUACUUUGGCGUUACAAACUUCUUCAACAGCUUCUUCCACGCCAUGGGCGUCGGUGGUGCCAUGUCUCGUACCGCUGUCAACUCUGCCUGCAAUGUCAAGUCUCCGAUCUCUGGCGUCGUCACCAUGGCUGUCGUUCUAAUCUGUGUGUACGAGCUGGUCGGGACACUGUACUGGAUCCCCAAGGCAACAUUGGCGGCCAUCAUCAUCACAGCCGUUUGGGGGCUGAUUUCGCCACCUUCAACCUUUUACAGGUACUGGAGGACAUCUUUGGCCGAUUUCAUAUCUUCCAUGAUUGCACUUUGGGUCACCCUGUUUGUCUCCUCUGAGGUCGGCAUUGGCUGCGCUGUUGGCUUCAACAUUGUAUAUGUGCUACUCCGUCAAGUGUUUACUCGUCUAUCAACAACCGGCGGGGGUGUUCAGACUGGAUCUGAACUCGCACACUCCUUGAACGAGGCACGUUCGAUACCCCAAAAUCUGCCCGAAGACACCCGAAUCUUCCGGUUCAACGAGUCGCUCUUCUUCCCCAAUGCUUUUAGCAACACUAGUGCAGCCCUGGAUGAUAUCCAAACAUUUCAUGCACCAGUCUACAAUGGAAGCCAUGGUCCUGAAACGGAGCGAAACUGGUCUGUCGUCACCGAGAAGCGAGUGGCUAGGCUGCGCAAGAAGGCAGGCAUUCAUGACCCUUCAACGCUUCCUGCCAUCGGCCUCGUUGUACUGGACUUUAGUCGAGUCAACCACAUUGACAGCACAGCGGUAACCCAUUUGAAGAAUCUCGCGGCCAGCGUCAAGAAGUACGGAGGAAAGGAAGUCGAAAUUCGCUUUGUGGGGUUGUCCCCAUACGUUCGUGAGCGUUUCGAAAGGGCCCAGUGGCGUAUCAUUGAGACAGGAGACGAAGAUGAAUUUGAAGAGGAUAACCAGCCUACGGUACUAUACCGAGAUCUGGGAAGCGCCGUGAGAGCUCCAAGACGGGCGGAGUCAAUGACUAGCGAAAGCGGCCUCAAGGCACACACAGAGCACUAUGAGAAGGCCGAGGCUUGA